AUGUCUGAGAUUGGAGGAGCUUCAAACCCUUGCAACAUUCUCGAUGUGGUAAAUGGUGAUAUUUCACGAGACCAUCCGGAGACUGUACCUGUUACUAGGAAGCAAAUUGUGUACUUUGGACUUAAUGCCAAGGGGUUAACGCUUCUUGAUCUAGUUAAGAGCAGAAGCGCUUACUUGACUACGGAGGUGUCUCUGCUGGUGAGAAGCUUGCUUCUGUCAAGAAACUGUGAUCGAGCUAUGGCAUUUGAUAUAUCGCAGCUUUUGAAUCGAUUAGGGCUCUCCCACUGCCAACAACGGCUCGCGGAGAACGGCUUUGACUCUUUGGAGUGCUUAUACGGCAUCACCGAAAAUGACUUUGAGACUCUCGACAUCGAGCGUGGAGAUCGCAGGACGCUGCAGCAGGAGCUGCGAAGACGUGAAGCGCAAAAUAGCAGCAGAGGUCUGGCAGCUUUAUCGGCCCAUUCGCUAUGGCAUGGCACUCCUGGCACCAAAGCAUCUGCCAUGGUCAGUAAUGACGAGUCUGCUGUAGCUCUUCGCCAUCCGGAACUCGAACCUACAAGGCGCUCUGAGCCAGCGGCCUGGGGUUACCUUAUAAAUCCGGCGACAGCCUUAGUCCAACGAUUAUGCUCCACAAGAAGCGGCCAUCCGUAA